AUGUCUGCCAACGAAUUGAGAACCGAGGCUGAGCAGCAAGGCCAGAGUCUGGGCGCUAGGCUCACCAAGAAACUCAGCAAGAGACUCUCGAUCAGUGGCUCCAAAGAGGGAGCAAAAGAAGGCGCCACCGCAAGCUCAAGCAAAGAGACUGCCGGCGAAACUGGAAUUGGCCAGCAGGCCCUUAACAAGGGCCAAGAAAUCAAAGAUCAAGCAAUGAAAGGAGACUUCAGCGGUGCCAAGGAUAUCGCCACCAAAGGAGAAAACACCAAGAAUUCCAUCAGCGAAGGGGAUAUGAAAGGAGCCGUAGCCGGAAUUGGCUUGACAGGUAGUAAUGUCAACAAGAAAAAUGCAGAGAAUGUCAGCACACGACUUGGAGGGUACAGACCGAGUAUCAGCCGUGGACCUCUUGAGUUCAACGACGAUAUCAAAAAAGGUCCCAUCACGACGGGCAUCCAAAGAGAUACGGGCCAGGCAGGUCUUGGCGGAGUUGGAAGCGGUAGCAAAGAUGGAGGGUUGGACACCAGCAAGAAAGAACUCGGCCAAACCCAGAUGGGUGACUCUCAGAUUCGACAAGGAACCAGUCAAACUCAACAAGCGCUUAAUCAAGCUCCGUUAGCUCCGUCAGCUCCGUCCGCCAUUGGGACCGGCCAGAGCCAGCCGGGCCUGAGCAAAGAUCAACCGUCACUCAGCAAGAACGAAAAAGGUCUCAGUCCAACUCAAAAGGGUCUUAGUCAAGGCCAGCAAGGCAUGGGACAAGGUCUCUCCAGUACUGGCAAGGCCGCUGGCGCAACCAUUGGUGGUGAUGAAAUGAUGCAGCAAGAGCUUCGUGAUCAACUAGCCAUCGGCGAUGAUGUCUUUGGUGGAGCAGAUACCAGCAAAGCAGCCUCAAAGCCAGCAACACAACCAUCUUCUAAGCAAGCAAGCAAAGCUGGCUUCGGCGCCUUCGGAGGCGGUGCUCUUGGUAACAUCUUCCGCCGUGCAUCUGGUCAAGGCAAAUCGGCCAUGAGCAACAUCGGCAAAGAGAAGACCGUACAGACAAAUUCGCAAACCUCUAAGACUUCUAAGUCCACUGAGAAACACGGUAUUAGCCGAGGUACCAUUGCUGGCGCCGGUGCCGGUGCCGGUGCCGGUGCUGGUGCAGCUCUUGGAGGAUUGGGAAUGAAGCGAGCCCUGGACCACGCCGGUAUGGACCAGAAGAGUAUGGGUCAGAUUGGUAUGGCCAACACUGGCAUGGGCCAGAGCGCUAUGGGUCAGGGUGGCAUGAGCAAGGACGGUAUACCCGCGACUGCCAUGGGUCCCAUGGAUCCCAACGGAACAGCCAGCAAGGAAUUUUCUCUUCAUGGAGGUACCGUGCGAGGAGGCAAUGCUAUUAUGAGCGGCUCUGGCGAGUCUCCCAAGACUACCAGCUCAUCUGGCAAAUCUGGUGCAGCUGCAGCGGCAGGUGGUGCUGCUGGCAUGGCCGGUAUGGCCGGAAAAUCUGGCAUGUCUGGUAAAUCUGGAAUGGCUGGGGCUCGAGGAAUCGGCCUUAAUGAAGACGUCAGCCAACAAGGCCUCAGCAAGGACACUCCCAGCCGGAGAAUCUCGGGUGCUGCCAGUUCGACCACGACCAACACCAGUGGAGUGUCCACUCGAGCCGUCCGAGGUCUGAGUACUGGUACCCACAAGGUCACUGUUCUCCAGGACAAGGUUCAAGCCGUCUCUCAAAAGUGUAAGACCCAGUUGGGCGUGUCUUCUGACGAAAUCAGCCAACGGAGUCCGACUGUCAACGCUUUCUUCGACGCUGUCGCAGCCGAACGUCUGCGCUGGAUGCCUCGUGAUGGUAGUAGACUCGAUUGCAGUCUUCGAUGGGCUUCCCGACUGGCAUAUGCAGUCGAUGCUCUUCGUGAGUCGACAGGGCUUUUUACCCCUGGUGCCGAUGCAGCAGCCCAACUGAUCUGGGGAUUCAUGAUCUUGUUAUUGGAGUCUGAUAUGGACAAUACCGACCUCUUCGAAAGCGUCUUUGGUCGAUACGGCCGCGUUGCUGUUGGCAUCUAUCUGUUGAUUCAGUAUGAGUCUGCCUUUAAGACGUCGACUAAUCUCCAGCCCGAAGCCGCCGCCGUAUUUUCAGACCUGCUGGAAAUGGUCUGCACUACUACAACAAGCUGUGUUGAAGGGUUCAAGGCCAAAGAGUCGACCCAGCUCAUCGAACAUAACGUGGAUGCAGCCUUUGUAACCUACGCAAAGCGAUACUCGAACCAUUGGAACGCAAUUGUCGAGUCCGCCACGUCAAAGCUCGUCAAGCAAAGCUCCCUGAUCUACUCGAGUCCAGAGCUGGGCAGUCUCCGCCAGUUCCUCGGCGUGCAGGAUCGUCCUCUUCAGUUUAUUCUCGAGUCUCGCAUGCAUUCUCUUGCCGAAGGUUCCUUUGAGUGGUUCAACAGUGCUCUAUACGAUUUCUCAAUUGGCAAGUCUCCAGUCAUGCUGGUGACUGGUGGUGCAGGAUCGGGAAAGAGUGCCCUCGCCCAGUGGACCGUUGAACGUCUGCAGGAAUCAGCCGAACACGAUAGCUGGAAUGUUAUUCCGUACACUAUACGCGCCGACAUCCCCGUUGCAACUUUGACCCUCCGCAUUCUGAAGGGUAUCCUUCACCAGAUGCUCGACCAUUGUGUCAGCGACAAGAAAACCCAGGAAGCGAUUCUCGUCCAGGUCGCCAAGGCGGCCCAAGGUGCCUUGGAUGGGGCGAGUGACGUUGAAGUCGAAGAGUGCCUCUGGCGAGGCAUUCGCACCGGCUUGGCUUCCAACAUCCAGUACAUGUUCGUGGUCGACGGACUCGAUCAAAUCAAGGGUGGAGAUGCCGACGCAAUUGGCGUUCUGGACAACUUCACCGAGAUUCUAACGGAGCAGAACGCGGGAUCCAAGAUGAUUGCCUUUACCAGACCUCUCAGUUCGCAGCCACACUCGACGAAUAUCGAGCAAUUCAUGAUGCAAACCACUCAGACUCGAACUGAUUUGGUUGCAUUCGUCACCAAGAUGCUCUCAAACUCGCACUUCGAUACCACCAAGAGCGACCAACUGCAAUCCGCCGUGGCUACUAUCGUCAACCGCUCUCAGGGAUCAUUCAGCUGGGCCGAGAUGGCUGUCGAGUAUGCUAAGCAGCAGAGAACUUUGGUACAGGCCAUUUCAUCUAUCCAAAGCUUGCCGCAGCCCAUGAAAGAGUUGCUCGACUUCCACAUGCAGAACCUUGAUCUCAGCCAGCACGAGGCAGUGGCUAUCAUGUCAUGGCUAGCUGCAUCUGAGAGACCUUUACUCGUGGAAGAGAUUGAGCAGCUUCUGCGCGUCAACUCCCAGGGACCGAGCUUCAUGUCGCGCAAGAGCAACACUGAAAAGCAGUGGUCGAGCGCGCUUCGUCCUCUGGUAAUGACGCGGGACGGUGUAGUUUCCUUUGCGCACACAUGCAUCCGUGAUCAUGUCAUCGGCCAGGCUAGAGCCGCUAGCAUCAAAUCUCCACUCAAUCUCAAGGAAGCUCAUCAAGAUCUUCUUAUGAGGUGUCUUGGCUGGGUGCAACUGAGCGUCCGUGAAGAGACUGAGAUAUCGAUGGACAAGCUGAGCAUGGAAGAACGCAAUCGCCUCUUUGACAAGUAUGUCAUCCUUGAGUAUACUGCUCGCUACUGGCUCUCUCAUCUCUUGUCGUCGCCUCUCGUGACCGAUGAAGGCGAGUUCCAGUUCACAACAAGCUUCCAAAAGAUGCUACCGGCGACUGUUCUCUUUGCUCGUCUCGAGCUGACCUGCAAGGAGUCUCAGUUCACUCGGUCGAGUGUUGUGGAGCUUUACCGUCUCGCAACAGACAUUCGUCGUCUCGUCCUGGGCGAGAAGUCUAUGGGACUUCUUGAGAGUUUACUUCUCAGUGCCCGUGUCUCGAAGCUGGCUCACGCUAGUCAUGCUGAUGAGCAUUGCUACGAGGCAUGGAGACUCAGCCAAGAGCUUUUGGGCCAGUCGGACCCCAUCACUUUGACAUGCGCGGAGAUGAUGACCCAAUCUUUCAGCGAGCGAGGCACCAUGACCGCCCAACAGGAGGAUAUCAUGAAGUACCUCAUCCUGACAGACUCUGAAAUUACCGGAGUCGAGUUCAACCAGCGCCUGAAGUACCUUGGCAUGAUCGUUGGCAUGUAUAAAUCUCGUGGCGAUGACAAUUCCGCUCUCCUCAUUUCGAAGCAGUUCUACCAACAGAUCCUUCAAAAAUACGGCACCAACUCGAGACAAUCCUCCGAGGCUGCCGACUUCCUGACUAGUCAGUUCUCGGCCACUGGCAGUGACGAGAUGACUCGGGACAUUGCGAGAACCAAGUACGACAAUGUUGUUCGCACCAUGGAAGUCACGGACGAACGUCGCAUCAAGUACUCCUUGUACAUGGCUCAGCUUUACGAGCAACAAGGACAGCAUGCCCAGGCCUCGGCAGUUCUGUCGAGUCUCUGGGCAGGUCUCAAUGCCCGCGAUAUCGAUUCUGUUGAUAUGAUGGACAAGAAGGCCAACGUGGCUCUCGUCUAUUACCAAUUCCUCCGUCGACAGGGCCGCAGUGAUGAGGCUGAAGUUAUCAUGCGCGAGCUUGUGGCAGACCUGGAAGUCUCCGGCAUUCAAUCGCCAGAGAUGAUGCAACGAGUGCACCUCUUGCGCGCCGAAACUCGUGAGAUGCAAAUGUACAAUCUGGACCGCUCUCUGUCCAUCCUCAUGUGGCGCUAUUACAAACAGAAUCAUCAAGAAUACACACCCGAAGCCAGAGGCCUGGCAAUGUCGCUGGCCGAAGGCAUGGCUAAUUCCGUCUCUAUCGAGGACUCUACUUUGAUGUCUGGAAGCGACCGCAAGCUCAUGGUCGAGCUCUUGGAUUCGAUCACCUCGUCGCCUAGCAACAUUUCCGUCCCCACUUUGAUUCUCUGCCACAAUCUUUCGAGUAUCUAUCUGCGCGAGGAGGAUUGGAACGAAGCAAGUGAUUGCUCCAAGGCUGUUCUGCAGCAUGUGUAUCCCUCAGUCGAGCGGCCGGGUUCUCACAAGAAGUUGACCACCGAAUUGGCGCCCCCCGUCGCUGACCUAGCUUUGAUUCUCGCCUAUUGUCACUUCCGAAAACUGCAUCUUGAGCAGGCUACUACCGUCUAUGAGAAUGCAUUUGGCUCACUGGUCGUCUCGGACAAGGUGCCCGUCGCUUCAGUUCUGGCUGUUGCCAAGGCCGUCGUGGAAUUCUAUGAAACGACCUUCCAGUUCACCAAGGCCCUCACUCUUCUCCACACAGUCAGCAACUUCUUGACCUCUCGACUGGGCGAGACUCACAAGCAUACUAUUGAAAAUAUGUAUCUCGAAGCUGCACUGGCAGACCGUCUGGAGAUGACCAAUGAGGCCAAGAGCACUUACCAGCGCAUCUAUAAGAACACCCUUCGUGGAAACACUAUUGCGCCGGAGGGUAUUGAAGCUGCGCUUGCCUUGAUCAGUCUCUACGAGAAGGAGAUGCAGUGGAGCUCGGCUUUGGACAUCUAUCGACACUUGUGGCCUACUGUUGUCGUGCAAGAUACCAUGCAUGCUUAUGAUCGUAUGCAGACUGAGCGUCUGCUCGAGAAGACUUACAUUGGCUACAUGACCAUUCUGACGACUCACAUGAAGAGCUCCGACUUCUCUGAGAGAUACAAGGUUUCAUCUGACUAUGUGACGACCUGCCGCAAUGUAUAUGGUCCCACGCACCAGAAGACCCUCAGUGCAACUCUCCUCUUCGCUGAGUUGUGUGAGACACACGAGUCGUACACUGAUCAGGCUAUCACACUAUACAAACAGCCUCUACAGACGAGCGAGUGGGUGCCAACCUCCCAGUCCUCCAAGGGUCUGGACCAGAUGACCCAAGCCCUCCCGAUUACUCUAAAGCACAAGCUGGCGCAGCUGUUUGUUCGUAAGCGUGACUCCACCAGUGAAGCUCGCUCACUGUACACCGAGGAAUUCCAGCUCGGCAAGAAGACCCAAGGCUACUUCUCGACUACCACGCUAUCCUGGCUUCGCGAGCUUGCCCUCGCCCAUUCUCGACAGGGUACUCCAACUUCUGUCCAACAGGGCAACGCUCUCCUCCACACUUACGUCACCGAUUGCCUGCAUGCCGGCGGCGACUCUGACAUGAUGGCCAACUGGGCACGCAAGAUCGCCGCCAUCUAUCUCGAGUGCGGCUUCAUCGAAGGAGGAAACGCCGUGCUCGAUGAGCUCCGCCAACGCGUAGUGUACGGCUCGGAGACUUCCGCAAUGGCCCUCCAUGACCGCCGCGACGCAGUCUUCGUAUCUGCCUUUGAAGAAGCCUUCGGUCGUCGCGCUACCUCAGAUCAAAUCAUGGACGAGAUGGCCCGCGAAAUGCAGACCCAGCAAGCCUUUGCAAAGAACCUAUCUGGCCACGACUUCAUUCCGACACUGAUCUCUGGCGAUCGUCUCGUUCGUCUGCAGACAGACCAGAACCGGACUCGGGCUGCGAUGACUACACGCAAUAAGUUAUACGAGUACUUCUGCGCCACGCUGUCUGCGACUUCGAUUGCGGAUCGGGAUGUCGUUAAGCAGUUCUACAAGGUCUGUCUGCGGGAGGUCCCUAACGAGAAGUAUAACAUGAACAUUCUCAAUACGACCACCAAAAUGGUUCGCGACUUGUGCAAUCAAUCUCGUUUCCAGGAUGCGAGCGAUGCCGCCGGCGUGUUGCACUCAUUCCUCCAUCUCACAGAUGGCCUGAACAGCUACGACAGUAUCAUCACCGCUACAAAGCUAUGUCUCUAUCUGAGCGGGCACCAAGCCACAAGGUGCGAGAACAAGGCUCUCCAAACCGAAAUGUCCUCCAAGGCAAAGAUGCUCCUCCAAGAACUCAUGGCCGCAUCCAAGGCCAUCGGCAUCGAAAUCGUCGACCUCCCAUUCCACGAGUUAAACGACAUCAUAACCCUGCUUGGCGAACACGAGAUGUUCGACGAUCUAGAAGGUAUCCUUACUCAACUCUGGACCUCCCGCAUCGUCCAGCGCACCUGGACACCCGACGUGGUCGUCUGGAUCGGCCGUCGCCUCGUCGAAACGCGCUUCUGCCGCGGCUCCGUCGACUCGGCUAUCCAGCUAUGUCGCGAUAUCUGCUACAACCUCCGCCAAGUCUGGGGAUCUUGUGAUCCUGUCACUCUCGAAAUGACGAAGCUCUUAUCAGGACUCUUCACCGCGUCGAACGAUCACAAAUCUGCAGCCGCACUGCACGAAGGUGCCCUGCACGAUUUGAUGGGUGAUUCCGAGGCGAAAAAUCACGCCCGCGCUGCGGAUACUGCGUCCCAGCACAUGGAGCUGCUUCGCCGCGCACAGUCUCGCCUUGGAAUGGGUAAGAGUGGCGAGAUUUCUACCAGGUCUUCCGUCCAUGCGGAUCUCAUGGCGCAGGUGACGGACCGCUUUGGUCUUCAGUCGGAGCAGAUUGAGGGGGUGGGGGAUGCGCAUGGUGGGGAGAAGUUUGGAGUUUGGUCUAAACCUAGACGGUUUAGUAUUGAUGUUGAGGAUCUGGAUGAUCAGGGCCAGGCGCAUCAGAAUCAUUUGCGGGAGUCGAGUGGUGCUGGUUUGACUAAUGGUAGUGGUGCACCAAGAAGAAUCUCGGUGCAGGCACUUUAG